AUGACUCACAACGAAAGCAGAAUGGUUGUGACAGAAUUUAUACUUGUUGGAUUUCCUUACCUUCAUCAUCACCAGACAGUAUUAUUUGCUAUGUUCUCGAUCAUCUAUCUGUUAAUCCUUCUAGGAAAUGGUUUCAUCCUCUUUGCUGUACUGGUCAGCUCAAAACUCCAUAAACCAAUGCACUUUUUUAUUUGUAAUCUGGCUAGUUUAGAUAUAUUGGUGGCUUGUACAAUUCUUCCAAAAAUGUUAGUAUUAUUCUUAAUCAAUGCUAGUAGUAUUUCUUUCACAGCAUGCUUUGCCCAGUUAUACAUCCUACAUUCUCUUGGAGUCUCAGAGGGUUUCCUUCUAGCAGUCAUGGCAUAUGACCGCUAUGUUGCAAUUUGUAAUCCCUUGCGCUAUACAGCCAUCAUGACAAAUCGGCUUAAUAUCCAGUUGAUGUCUGGCUGUUGGAUGUUGGGAAUGACUGUUGUAGGAAUCUGUGUCUUCCCAUCAGCCAGUUUUCCUUACUGUGGUUCAAAUAUAGUCAAUCAUUGCUUUUGUGAUCUCUUGUUCAUAGUUAAACUCGCAUGCACAGAUAUUUCUCUCAUCACCAGCUUAGUCUUUUCUUUUGUACUUAUUUUUGUACUGAUACCUUUUGGUAUGGUGUUUUUUUCAUAUGUUAAGAUCAUUUGCUGUGUGUUAAAGACUGGCUCAGCUGAAGGCCGCCAGAAAGCAUUUUCUACGUGCAGUUCACACUUAAUGGUAGUUGUCACAUAUUUUACAUCUCUUAUUAUUACAUAUGUGUUAUGUACAAUUGAUAAUUCUUCUGAUGAAAUGCAUGCCUUGGGCACUAUUUUCUUUUCCAUUGUAACUCCUACACUAAAUCCUGUAAUAUAUGCGCUUAGAAACAAAGAAGUAAAGGAUGCUGCAACAAAGUUUGUGAAAUCAAAGGCAACUUGUCACAGUACUGGAUUUUUUAUGUAUAUAUUUAGGUAA